GAGAGAGAUCCCCCCGUAGAAACAUGCACAUCUUACAGUAUAAAUGAAGACUCUCGCUCUCGCAGACGAGAUUUCGAUUUCGUGUGUAGUUAAGAGUGAGCACAAGAUGAGGAUAGCGUGUCUAGUGCUAGCGACGUGCGCAUGCGUCCUAGCUGACCCUGCCAUAAACGAAAUUAGGCCCGUUUCGAAUAGACCAGGAAGGUUCUUAGCACUUCCAAAUCCACAGAAAUGUGCCAACAGACCAAAACAAUUCUUCUUCAGAGGCCACAAUUACUUCUACAGUGGCAGCGUUCCUGGUCUAUCCGGCAGGAAAGUUGACUGGCUAGACGGCAGGAAUAUCUGCAGAGAAUACUGCAUGGACCUAGUAUCCAUGGAAACCCAAGAAGAAAACAAUAUGAUCUUCAGGCUAAUCCAGCAAAACGACGUGCCAUACAUCUGGACGUCGGGACGCCUGUGUGACUUUAAGGGAUGCGAGAACCGCGCCGACCUCGAGCCCAAGAACGUCUUCGGCUGGUUCUGGUCGGCCAACAGAGAGAAGGUGCAGCCGACCAACCGUGUGCCGACCGGCUGGUCCUACAACCCGUGGUCGCAGACCGGACACAAGAAGCAGGCGCAACCGGACAAUGCUGAGUUCGACAUCAACCAAACCACUGAGUCUUGCCUCUCCAUCCUCAACAACGUCUACAACGAUGGCAUUGCAUGGCACGACGUGGCUUGCUACCACGAGAAGCCUAUCGUGUGCGAGGAUUCCGAAGAGUUGCUCAACUACGUGGCUUCCACGAACAGGGGCAUCCGAUUGUAAACACGCUUCUAAACACCUCUAUAAACAUGUAUCUAUUACCUAAUACAGGGUAUAAUUCAAUUGAUGGCUAAGGCUAAACAUAUAGAAUGGUUCGUUCCUCAGGUCAUUUUGAGAAGGAAAGUUCAUAUGAACAAAUGCCCUAAACCUCUUUAUUUUCGAGCUAUAGAAUGUUAAAAUUUUAUUUUGUCUUUAUUAUUGAUUAACGAAACUUUCACAAUAUACCUAAUUAAAGAGCUGUCAUAAAUCCUUGUCGAAAUUAAACUGUAACGUGAUCGAUCAAAUGUCAUCAUUUCGAAUACAGAAUAGGGCAUCAACCUACUAAUUCAAAAUAAUUUCGUCAUAAUACAAAUGCAUGAAAAUGGUUUUUAUCUGCAACCGACACAAAAGUCGUCCAUUUUGAUACCAAAAUUAGCUCUUAAAUUGACGUUUCUAUAACUGACACAAAAAUAGGUAUGUUGCUAGGCAUAUUUAGUUUCUAGGAGCUAAAGUUGAAUUUUAGUUCCUAGGAGCUAAAGUUGAACUUUAGCUCCUAGGAACUAAAAAGGAUGUACUGGACGUCGUCAAGAAUAAACAACAUUGUGACGGUUGGUUAUUUGGGUUGAGACGCAUGUACCUGAUUUGUUUCCGAUUUCAGCAGCUUUGGCAUUUCAUACCCAUGCUGGAGAUAUAAAUAUACCUUAUUAUAGUUUAGUAUUGGAAUUAUAAACAUCUCAGUUAAGUAUUUUUGUUUUGAUCAGGGAAGCCUUCAAGAUUCAAAUACUUGCUUGAUCUGUAUUUCAUUCGUUAUUCUCGGGAUGGAUAACUUGUUUUUGAAUAUAAUCACGGCAAGCAAUAGUUUUUUGGCUCAAACAACGAUAUUGUUUAGCUUCAUUUGAUUAUCAAGUCAAACACAGUGUAUUAUGGAGAGGAAUAAAUAAUCACUAUUAUCAUUGUUGAUAUGCUCACUAACCUAACAUUUUCCACGUCUUGUACCUAUAGCUUGCACUGGCGCGGUAUUUGGCAUUAGAGCACCUGGUCCAUACACAAAUAUGUCACUCUGUGGUUGUAUUCAUAUCGAAACUACAAUUCGAACAUCCUAGAAAACCUAACCUGCUGUUAAUGCAGGUAGAAUAUUUUCACCAAAUGAUGGAUUAUUUGUCAAUAUUUGUUGCAUUGCAUAUACAUAUAGCACGGCAUUGGUGGUUACUUCACAUGUUUAUUUGAGUUAGGUGUUUCGGUUGCAGAAAAAUUAGCAUGUUUCAUUCGGAUCAAAAGUAACUUUGUUCGACUCGCAAAUUUCGCUUUCGCUCGGCUUCGCUAAACGCUCCGCCUCGCAAAUGCAAAUUUCGCUUGUCAAACAAAGUGUCACUUUUGAUCCUAAUAAAACAAUCUACUUUUAUUUUUUUACACGAAAACGGUGCGUCGGCCGGAAAAAAAUCAAGAAAUCAAAUUGUUGCAAAAUAAAUGAGGAUUUCGAAAUUGAUUUCUAUUUUUGGAGAAAGCAAGGGCGUACAAUAUUUUUUUUAGAAAAAUCUCCAGUAUACAUCCCAUAUGGAUGCCACAAGUAGAAAUAUUGAAAAAUCUUCUGCAUCAAAAAAUGCCUAUUGGUGCUUAGUAGAUGCAUGUCGAAUUUCAUGGAAAUAUCAAGAACAGUAUUGAAGUUAUGAUGAGGAAACGAGUUUUUUUUUAAAUUCAAACACCCUAUAGCUCGAAAGUUAAGAGGUUUGGAGCAUAUGUAAAUAUGAACUUUUUUUCUUAAACUGAGCUAAGAAACCAUAUCCAAUAUUUGUAGCCAUCUAUUGAAUUACACCUUGUAUAUGGCACAUCACCUGUGAGAUAUCAUAACAAAAAAAAAGAAUCACGAAAAUAUGUACUUCUCGCCUACCAACAUAACCAAUAUACCGUCUAGACCAAGAUAAUUUCUGGAUAUCCUUUCCACCGCAAUAAAUGUAGGUAGAAGAUUUCAGAAAAGUUAGAGUGAAAUAGAAACGAACGUAAGCACAAACACAAAAAAAUAUACUGCCCAAAUCAAAGGAAACCAUUAAACAGCCUUAAAAAAUUCAAUUCAACAACGCUCUUAUUUUAGCGGUGAUUUAGAGCAAAGCUGACACCAUUCAACCGCGACAUAUUCUUUGAAGACGAGUGUACCUAUAGGUUUUAUAGUUUUCAUCAUCCACUUUCUUGUUCCUAUGCUGACUAAGGCAUUUUAUUUCGAAAAAUUUGCAUUAUACAUACAGGGUGUUUCUGAGAUUGAAGCGAUAAAAUGCAGUUUUGUAUGAGAUAUAAUGAAAUAAUUCCCCAUGAACAUUUUUGAAAGUUUCAGGCAAAGAUUGAAAUUCAAUAUGAUCCAAAAAAAUUCUUUUUUGAAAGAAAUCAACCUGAUUUUUUUGUUCUAUUUUUUUUGUAGUGACUCAUUAUAUUUAUCGCUAUAAUUUCCAGAACACUCGUAGAUGAAAACUAUAAUAACCUCCUAUAUUAUAUACUCAUGAUUGCAUGUGUAGUUCAAUUUUGAUUUUUUUCCCAUUUUGUCUUCAGUAUAGUAUUAAAUAUGUAACAUAUUGUAUAUUUAUUUUUUGAUACAUCUCUAUUUGUCUCUGUAAUGAAUUUGUAUCAGGUACCUUAUAAAUUUGUUACAAUUUCACUAGUU